AUGCCAUUCAGACCUUUUGUUGGUCUAAACAAUCAUCGUUGCACCACUGUGUUCGGUUGUGCUGUUGUGUCAGAUGAGACGGAGGAUACAUAUGUUUGGGUGUUGCAGACCUUCUUGAGAGCUCAUUGUCAGAAGAAGCCGAGGUCUGUAAUUACAGACGGAGACGCAACCAUGAUAAGGGCCGUCAGGAAGGUCCUUACUGACGUGUGGCAUCGACUUUGUUCGUGGCAUAUAGAGAAAAACAUGCAGAAACACCUCCACCACAAGUCCCUUAAGGAGUUCAGAGCUCUUAUUUACUAUGCCACUACACAUGAUGAGUUUGAGGCGAGAUGGGCAGCUUUUAGAGCUAAAUGGGAGUCGGAGAAAACUGAAACAUGGUCGCGUAGGAUGUACAGGAAGAAAAGGCUUUGGGCUGCAUCAUAUCUCACCGGUGGGUUCUUCCUUGGUAUGCGGAGUAACCAGAGGAGCGAGAGUCUGAACUCUUGCCUUCAUAUGCAUCUUGACUCUGGCAUGACAAUUGUUGAUAUGGUUGUGCAUUAUGAGAACUGCAUUGUUUGGCUCCGUGAGAACGAGUCACACGACGACUGCAUGUCCACACAGACAUUCCCUGUACCAGUACUCGACGAGUUCAAAUGCAUUGAAAAAGCCGCUGCCCGUGACUUCACUGCGGUGAACUUUUACCUCUUGCAGAAAGAAAUGAAGAAGGCAGCGGAUAUUGAGAUCAUAGAUAUACUCAGUGGAGCCGUCAGUAGGAGAUUCAUAGUGGCAUGGAAAAAUAAGAGGCAACUGAGAUUCAAAGUGGACUAUACACCUACUAAUUCAGAAGAAACGGUGAAGUGCAGUUGUGAUAGUAUGAAAUGUAAAGGUCUUCCAUGCAAGCAUGUUCUUUAUGUUUUAGCCAGGUUGAACGUGAAGGACUUACCUAAGUGCUUAGUGCUGCGAAGAUUCACCAAGAAUGCUAGAGGUGGACUGCCCGUGAAACGCACUAGCGAUCUCUUCGCAUGGGGAUGGGCAGGUACUGAGGAGAGAACUAAGUACAGUGAGUUGACUAUUUUGUCAGCGGAAGCAAAUCAUGCGGCAUGUCAUAGACCAUUCCUAUUUGAUAAACUGAAGGCUGCUCUGGAGGAUGUGAUAGCAAACAAGGACGUUGAGGAGGAAGAUUAUGUGAGACAACAUAGGGUUGCACAAGACGAUGCUUUUGUGCCGAAUCAAGAUCAUGUUUUUGUUGGUGAUCCAGAGAAAAUCAAUUCGAAAGGAGCACCGAAAGGGCAGAAUAACAAAGGCCGUGGAACAUGGCAUGAUGAUCAUAGCAAGGAUUGUUUGAAUAAGAAGAACAACUUCUGA